CACUGUCAGUGUCCCAGUGUAAUGGAUGCACAUGGAAAGCCAAUCCCACUGCGCUGUUUGUUAAUGACUAUUAGUAUGGGUGUGUUACUGGUUCUUCUCUGUGCUGGACCUGCCUGUACCCACAAAAACCGGGGACCAAAGUUUCAGGAUGCCUCAGCAACAGUCCUGCCAUCACAAGGGAUCCCUGUACUAACACCUCCAAAGGGGAGAGACUCUACAUCAGACAUGACAGACAAGAAGAGGCCCCCAUGGCCGUCGAGCUAUACGUGGCUGAUGUUUUCUGACCAUGCUGAAAAAACCAAGAGGAAAAGACAAGAAGAAUCAUUAAGACAACAUCACUCAGGCCCAGUUGGUGCGCCAGCACCUCCAAAACAUCAGAGUCACCCUGUCAAUCACGUGUUGCGGGAGAAGAAGCUGUCGCAGUUUCUGCAGCUGCUGAGUGAUGCCCUGCUGAAACGGAAAGACGGUGAGAACACCUCAAAUUACAAGCGUGCCCCAGCUAUACCUCCGGCAAAGGUGCACAUUGCCUUUACAUGCAAAACCAGCAGUGACAUUCAUGUGGACCCUGGAAAGCUGAAGGAGCUCCAGCUCUAUGAGAUGUCCCACCUGGAGGGAUCGUUCUACAGAGGAGCUGGCCUGAACCUAACCAGUGGUCGAUAUACUGCUCCUUACACCGGACUCUAUGCCUUCUUUGCCAGAUUGCACAUUGAUUUUCAGAAAAAUACACAUGAAGGUGUUGAAGGAUCUCUGCGCAUGCAGCUAUGCAUCCUCUCCUUUUGUCAGGACAACCUGUCCCUGGAACAUGUUCUUAGCUAUACAGCCAAUGAGGUCACAGCCACAAUAACCCUAAAUGGAGUCUUACAAAUACAGGCAGGUCAGUAUGUGUCACUUUUCCUGGAGAAUAAGAUGGACUCUUGGAUUGUAACUGUCAUAAAGGGCUCAGACUUCAGUGGAGUUCUCCUAGGGCAAUGAUCUACAGAAGGAUCCCAGGAACUGGAGUGUACA